GCUGCCAGCCUGGCAAUGGAUGGUGCAAAUUCUCAUUUUGGUUCCAUAAGGUUGGUUGAUCGUAUCACCUUCCUCGAGCCCGCCUCACUCUGACUGGUCAAACCAAACCCUUACAUCCAGAGGGACAGCCCCAAAACUACCUGCACCCAACUCCAAAGUCCGACGACCUGUCAACCCGUACAAGAUCCUCAUCCCCCGGCUCCCCAGUCUGGCUGUUUGCGCGUCAUGUGCCUUCUACCUUUUCUGAAGCAUUUUCACUGAGUCUAGGUUAAAUCCAUCCCAGCCCUCCACGGCAACCCUGGUCGAUACUUUUUUUCUUUUGGUUCUUAUCAUUUUUAAUUAUUCUCCAUAUCCAUCUCGGAUUGUUUAUUUACUUCUUCUUCCCCGCCUGUCUCCAGAACUAGCAAGAGGGAAAUAUUUCUUCUGUCAACCGAAGGCGCGCGCGACCAACGCGCCGGAUCGAUCUUUUAUCUACCGCAAAUCUCCAGCUUUGCUCAUCUGCCGUGUGUGUCCCCGUUUCCAGACCGCCCGCAUUUUCAUUCAUAAUUGAGAUCGCGCCUCGCAUGAUCAUCCUCUCCAAACCUGGGGAUAAAAGGCACAAACUCGACCGACAACCUAUAGGACGUCUCACUGCCUCGGUCUACGUUAUGCUCUAGCUGUGCCACAGAUAUUUACAUACAGGCCCACGGUACCCAGGUCGAAACACAAACAAAAACAAGAAAAAGGGCCAGCUCCAUUCCGGCAGACGGCUCGAGCACAUAGUGGAGCUCGCCUGGUUUUGACAAACGCACAAAACACUAGCCGCCCUACAGGGGGCAUCCUCCAGAAAGAUCUGAACUUCUGAAGCGACGCAGACGACACUAGGGAAGCAUUGGCACCCACUUCUCUCAUUCUGACACCGGCCGGACUGGCCGAGUUGAUGCCUUCGAGAAGACGGCCUUGAUCCACCGUGGGCUGUGCCCUUCCUUGCUCUGAUCGACUCCGAUAUUUAGGAUCCCCAACUCUCUUCAACACCCACGUCGAUACCCACUGCCUCUUCGGAGUUUUUGUCCUUGCCCCCAGCCACUGACUUCACUAGAUCUUUGGCAGACCUUGUGUUUGGUCUUUGUUUGCGCUCCACUAGGUUCAAGGGGUCUUGCCCCCCAUGCUUCAUGGACUGGACUUUGUGAGACUACUUUUCCACCCCCACUCGGAUAUCGACCCCUCAAGGUUCUGAGAUUCUCGGCGACGACGAAACCUUUUAUUUCUAGUUCCCGCGGUCUUCAGGACUCGUUCUCGUCAUCAUCGACAUCCUCUGCUUUUGUCUGCACUGCCAAGACCGAUGGCUACAAUGGUGCAAGAGUUUGGCAACUUUAUGCCCGAGUCUACACUGGAAUCAACGACGUCUAUCCAUGCUUGUACGCGCAUGCCCUGGGAAGAAGAAGCGAGGUUUACUCAUGAUCUGCAAAGCAACCCGAACAUGCCUUUCAACUCGAGGAAUACUUGGCGCCCAGCCAGAAUGAACGACGACGGUCCCCCUGCGCCCAAAAGACGUCGAGGUUAUGGUCAUGUCCUCUCGCCUGCAGAGCCAGUCUAUCAAGGCUCGGCUUCCUCACCAGUGAUGCCCAACACACAGGCACCUGCCAUGAACCCCCAUAACAACCAAUUCAUACUCGAGCAAGCCGCGAGGAUUCUGCAAGUACCCGUCCCACAGCUAUUACAAUUGGGCCAAACCCGAGAAUCACCCGAGACACCAAGCAUUGUCAACCAGGCUGCACUUACCCUUGACGUACCUGUCUCAAGCUUAUUCGAGCUUCAAGAGAAGCAUAGACACAAGCGUUUACGUGUAGAGACGCAACCCACUACUCCGUCAACGUAUGCGGAGAAGGGGGCAGGACUAGGAGGUGGUGUAAAAGCAAUGCAGGGGAGCCGGCAGGGCUCAGACGACAGUUCAGAGCACUACUCCUGGGCGGCAAUGGCUGCUUCCUCUCAGCCACCAAGUUAUCUAGGACUGAGCGGUCCUCGAAUAGCUAAUGCCUUUGCAGGCUUCCAUACAUAUGACUCGAACGAAUCUUACCAGAACAGCCAGGAAGACCAUCAUGUCCCUGUGACGAGUGCACCUCACUACUACGGGGCAACGCGAGUUACUUCUAUGGGAACACCCCCAACGUCUGCCAAUCUUCCGAACACACCUCUCACAGGCUAUGACAGUGGCACACCUGUUACGCACUUGAACCAGGCUGGACCGGUUGUUUCUGACACGCCUAUUAUGGUUGAUAAUAAUUACAUGGCAUCCUUUGCGGCAUUGCCAUCUCCGCGACAUAUACCCUUCGACCAGCAAACCGGAAACAAGCCAGUCAUGUACUACCAGGGAAAUGCAAUCAAUCCGAUGUACUCCAGGCCAGCCCCAAACGACCAGCACACGGCGGCCGUUGUCCCGUUCCACCCGACGGCGCAUGUCAUGGAAAACGUUUCUAGUUACAGGGCUUACCAAAACAGCCCCGAGACGCAGUCCCCAUCAAGCAGCCAUACUGGCGCCGCGGAUGACGUGCCUCUGGGAUAUGAUGUGUUCCCCGCCUACGUCCCCCAGGCACAUCUGGUCGACAGUAGCGGUGCGCCCAUAGAGUUUCACAACAGGCCCCAGGACUUUGAGUUGGUAUAUACCACGCACAGAGCUCCUCCUGCGAAGCGCGGUCCUUUUAAAGAUCGUGGGGAGCGGGACUUGACUGCAGAGACAAGGAAGGUCGGCAGCUGCAUUAGAUGUCGAAUGCAGAGAAUAAGAUGUAACAUCGACAUAAACGACAGAAAGGGCUGUUGUCUAACGUGCAAGAAGGUCGCCAAUACGAGCAAAGUCUGGCGUCUUCCUUGUCUACGGCUCAAGAUCAACAACAUAGUUCUCUCAAAGAUAGGCCAAGUUCGAGGCUUUGAGUGGACAUCUAGAUGGAAAGAUAGCACGGUGGCCGAUGAUAUUUCGAGCUGGGCAUCCCUAGAAACAAGGACCAUCCAUGUGACAGAGGGUUUUACAGGAAGCUCAGUUGCACUCCGUGUGCGGCAAUUCGUCCCUCAGGCGGGCGAUUCGUUGGAGAGAUCUUGGGUCGGCCCUGACGGUACCAAGCGUUCCGUCCACAUUCCGCAUUUUGCCGUGGUUGAUAUGGACGCAACCAAGGCCGUGUUGGAUAAGUACAUCAGAAAUGGGAUAUGGGAAAUGUGCAAGAAGGUGAUUGGGCCUAGCAAGGCUCUCAUCUGGAACACUUACGCUCUGGCUUUGAAAAGAGCAAACAGCCCGGCGGUAGACAAGAAGGAGCAGGAACUACUAAAGAGCACACUGGAGCUUUGGAUGUCUAUUCGCCUGACAACAAACUCGUUCGAGAUUGUGGGCGAGGAGACCUUGGGAAUGCCGCAAGACAUCAUGGACGAGACGAGCCCCCUCUGUGGCAAAAUCCCGUUACCACCGGUUUUGGGCGCACAGCUCGACUCGAUCCUGAUUCACCAAAUCCAAGCCAAAUUCCGACACGAUACUCUCGAGCUCCUGCAGAAGAUGACGCAAGAAAACAAGGCCAGGACGUGGUUGACGACAUACCUGGUGACCUUUAUCUUGUUGCACAACAUUGCUCUCGUCAUCAGGCAUGACGCUGGCUACGCUCGCAAGCAUGGCAUGCAGAGGCGGUUCGCCAGAGAGGAUAAAGUCAGGGAGUACUAUAUGGGAGCAACCACAUUGCUGGCGUACUCUCAUUAUAGGGGCGGGAGCAAGAUUUUUGCAAGCGAUGUCAGAGAUGACGAUCUUCGCCUACACUCGGGUGAAGAUGGAGCCUCACUAAUUGCGUACACGCGAAGAUACGCAAAGGACUCUGAGUGCGAUUGGAAGAACAUGCUGCACAACAGCGACAUUGAGGAUGAAUACUUUUUCAUUUCUCAAUUGUACGAACAGAACUGGAUGCCUCGAGAGUGGCCCUUCUGAAGGCGAUGAAACAAAGCCCAGCGAUGAGAGCGUUACUCCGGCGCGUCAUCAUCUCCCCCCUUCCGCUCUGCAAGAAAGCUGCAGACGGGAUGAUUCCAUUACGCGGGAAGCGCAUAGACAGUUGGAUUGAUUCAGUCAUUCGCACAGUCGCGACGAGCUGCAAUCCGGAUGCUGCCAACUGCUCCACCUGUCGCCACCCAGCGUAACGACAUUGAUCCCUGCAACAAUGGAAUCACCUGGCCGAGAGCGCGCCAUCGUUUAUCCAUCCGCCUAACUUAGCUGAAUAACCCAGCAAGCCCAGGUAGGCAAGGAUGAACGGCCACGCGACCGAUCAGCUUCGAUGGAGCUUGAGCUUAGAGCCUCGAGUUUUUGAAUCGCAACCCAGCGCAUCGACGCUUCCAUAGUAGCGCAGAUAGCUACGGCCACACUCUUGUCCUCUUUCCAGCAUUGUGCAGGCUUGGCCCCAAACAUCCUGGGAAUAAUUCGGUUCUGGGAACCCGCGACUUGAAGAUAGCCACCUCGGCAGCUUGCAAUCUAGCCCGUGGAAGUCGGCUUAUAUUUGGUAUUGUAUUUACCUUAGUUACCGUGCCAAGCCAUGUAGAAUUCAGAGGAUGGGGUAGGAGAUGGGGCGGAUGAGGUCAACCGCAAGCCGCUUCAUGAAAGCAAUACAGAGUACCGCACCGGUUUUCGGCCAGCCUUCUUUUUUUUUUUCUUUUUUUUUUUUUUUCUCUGUUGUUAUUAUCAUUUAUCUUAUGUCGUGUUGUCUUAUUCAACCCAUGCUCCCGUUACCUUUGCGGAAGGGAAUAGUGGGGUCUGAUGGAACACCUGAGGCUCCUCGCAGAAGGGAAAGGGAAAAAAAAUACCCCAAACCCCGGAAACCCCUCUGAUCGCAAGCGCUCUUUUGGUUUUGGUUUUUUUUUUCUAUCUAUGGUUUUUUUUUCUUCCACGGUAAUCCUGGUAGCACAACAACACCUGGGUGUUGACGCAUUAUCUGAUCGGCCAUUGCUUCCCCUCCAAAUUCGAUAGCUUUCUUAGCUUGAGCUUCACUAUACUGCAUUCGGGAAAUAACGCCCGUAACUUUUUUAGGCUACUUUCUUAAUUCGUCUCCAUAUCACACAAUCAUCUGGCCAAAACCCACCAUGCAUGCACCG